CACUGAUUGAUCUGCCGCUCAAAGCUUCAAUGUUGUGCCUGACCUGAUACAUAUAGAUGGGGGUCAGAGCAAAAUUAUCGCAUAUUAUACUAAUCCAUAGUGAAGGUUGAGCUUCAAUUUAUUGGGUUGCCUUACUUCAUCAUGGCCCUGCACAGGCCGGGGAAGCAGCGCUUGACGCUGUUUUUGGCGACUCUCGUCGUCGCCUUUUGCUGUCUAAUUGUACCGGCUGUCUCCGUUAAGCAUGAAAGCUUCAAAACAUGCUCCCAGUCAGGCUUCUGCAAGCGCAACAGAGCCUAUGCCGACGAUGUCACUGCACUUGGAACCUCUUGGAAAUCCCCGUAUGAACUCGAAUCGUCGACGAUCGAAUUGAAAGACGGAUUAUUGACAGGGACUGUUGUGAAAACUACAACGUUAGGAGAGAAGGUCCGGCUACCUCUCACCGUGUCGUUCUUGGAGUCUGGCCUCGCCAGGGUUGUGUUAGAUGAGGAGAAGCGGGUCAAGGGAGAAAUUGACCUGCGGCAUGAUAGCAAGAUCCGCAAGGAGCGGUACAAUGAAGCCGAGAAGUGGACAAUUGUUGGCGGUCUGAACCUCAACAGGGCCGCCGCUUUCAGUUCGGAGCCUGAGGCUGGUUUCACAAAAGUCCAGUAUGGACCAGAGAACCAGUACAGAGCGUUGAUUCGCCAUGCACCCUUUGAAGUGUCGUUCCAAAGAGAUGGAGAAACUCAUGUGAAACUGAAUGACCGUGGCUUCCUCAAUCUCGAGCACUGGAGACCGAAGGUAGAUGCUCCAGAAGACGAGACACAGCCAGAAGACGAAUCAACGUGGUGGGAAGAGACUUUUGGCGGUAACACUGAUUCGAAACCAAGGGGUCCCGAGAGUGUUGCUCUCGAUAUAACAUUCCCAGGCUAUGAGCAUGUCUACGGCAUUCCAGAGCAUGCUGACUCGCUUUCACUCAGAGAAACUCGCGGCGGCUCUGGAAACCAUGAAGACCCCUACCGGCUGUAUAACAGUGAUGUGUUCGAAUACGAGCUCAACAGUCCAAUGACUUUAUACGGCGCGAUUCCUUUCAUGCAAGCUCAUCGCAAGAACUCGUCCGUCGGAGUCUUCUGGCUUAACGCAGCUGAGACUUGGGUCGACAUUGUCAAGUCUAAGUCAACCGCAAACCCUCUGUCGUUGGGAGCUGCUGGAAAGAAAACCAGUCAAACGCACUGGUUUUCGGAAGCUGGCCAACUUGACGUUUUCGUCUUUCUUGGUCCCAAUCCACAGACUAUCAGCAAAAACUACGGAGAGCUUACAGGAUAUACGCAGCUCCCACAGCACUUUGCACUUGGAUACCACCAGUGCCGUUGGAAUUAUGUGACUGAUGAAGACGUGAAGGAUGUCGACCGCAAAUUCGAUCGAUACCAAAUCCCAUAUGAUGUUAUCUGGCUCGACAUUGAGUAUACCGAUGGAAAGAAGUACUUUACAUGGGACCCUCUGACUUUCCCCGACCCGAAGGGCAUGCAAGAACAGCUCGAUGAGUCGGAGCGGAAACUUGUGAUCAUUAUCGACCCUCAUCUCAAGAAUGAAAAUGGCUACCCGAUUAUUGAAGAGUUGAAGAGCAAAGAUCUGGCCAUAAAAAACAAAGACAAGAGUAUUUAUGAUGGUUGGUGCUGGCCUGGCUCAUCCCACUGGGUCGAUUGCUUCAAUCCAGCCGCAAUCUCGUGGUGGCAGAAUCUUUACAAAUACGACAAGUUCAAGGGUACCUUCCACAACACCUUUAUCUGGAAUGAUAUGAAUGAGCCUUCCGUAUUCAACGGGCCAGAGACUACUAUGCCUAAAGACAACAUUCACUAUGGUGACUGGGAACACAGAGACGUUCACCUUAUCAAUGGUAUGACGGUCGUGAACGCCACUUAUCGGGGUCUGGUUGAGCGUAAAAAGGGCGAGAUACAGCGGCCUUUCAUUCUCACACGUUCUUUCUAUGCUGGCACACAACGGAUGGGCGCCAUGUGGACUGGUGACAACCAAGCCGACUGGGGCCAUCUUGCUAUUUCCAUGCCUAUGGUUCUCAACCAGGGUAUUUCGGGAUUCCCCUUCGCCGGUGCAGAUGUUGGUGGAUUUUUUGGCAACCCUGAUAAAGAUCUAUUGGUUCGUUGGUAUCAGACCGGUAUCUGGUACCCGUUUUUCCGGGCUCAUGCUCAUAUCGAUACUCGUCGUCGUGAGCCAUACUUGGUAGGCGACCCCUACAUGCAAAUUAUCAGCCAGGCAAUCCGCCUACGUUAUCAACUUCUUCCCGCGUGGUAUACCGCCUUUCAUGAGGCAUCCGUUAAUGGCUCGCCCAUUGUCAGACCCCAGUACUACGUCCAUCCUGAAGAUGAGCAAGGCUUCGCUCUGGACGACCAAUUUUACCUAGCCUCGACAGGUUUGUUAGCUAAACCUAUCGUCACUAAAGACCAGAACUCCGUGAGCAUCUACUUGUCUGAUGACGAAAAGUAUUACGACUACUUUGACUACACGGUUUACCAGGGCAAGGGCAAAUCACACACUAUCGAUGCUCCAUUGGAGAAGACCCCUGUCCUCAUGCAGGGAGGCCACGUCAUUCCUCGUAAGGACCGUCCUCGGCGCAGUAGUGGGUUGAUGAAAUGGGACCCGUACACACUCGUCGUGGUGCUAGACAAGCAUGGUGCCGCUGAAGGAACACUUUACGUUGAUGAUGGAGAGACUUAUGAUUUUGAAAAGGGCGCUUUCAUCCAUCGCCGCUUCCGAUUCACCGAGUCAACCCUUUCUUCUGAGGAUAUUGGCACCUCCGGCCCGAAGACUGGAGAAUAUCUCAAGUCCAUGGCUGGUGUGCGUGUAGAGAGGAUUGUCGUUGUUGGUGCUCCAUUGGAGUGGCAGCAGAAAUCGACUGUCACUGUGAUUGAAGACGGAUCCAAGGAAGCCACCACUGCUCCGCUGCAAUUUACUGCUGGUCUAGCUGGCAAGGCUGCUUAUGCUAUUGUGAAGAAUCCUAAUGUGGGCAUUGGUAAAUCGUGGAAGAUCGAGUUCUAGAUAUAUGCAUCGACGGUCGAUUCGCCUCUGUAUAGUCUACACAAGAUAGACUGUAUUGCAUAGAUAUGUCAACUAUUUCGGUUUUAUUUAAGAUAAGAGAAUAUAUAAUUUCUUUUUCCA